AUGGCACGAACUGAUACUGAUGUUAUAAAAAUUUCGGAUCCACUAUCACCACCAUUAUUAACCGACGAUCCGGUAAAUUCACCUGGAACAUCAUCACUUUCCAACAAAUCAUUAGCAGUAUUAAGUGUUCCUCCAUGCCGCGUUUUUGGAACAACAGCCAACGGUUCAUCAAUCUGCUAUGAUUCGUCAUCGAUUGAUCUCGACUUAGACUUAAUGAUGAUCGACAACGACAAAUAG